UCAUGGAAGCUGCCAUCUGUACCAUUGUUACCCAGUUCAAGACUCACGCUGGGAAAGAUGGGUCCUCCAGCACCCUGAGCAAAGAUGAAUUCCAAAACCUGGUGACCUCCCAGCUGCCCAACUAUGUCAAGAACGCCAGCGAUCCGGGGGCCAUCGAGCAGCUCAUGGGCUCGCUGGAUGAAAACAACGACGGGGAGCUGAAUUUCUCAGAGUUCUGGCAGCUGAUGGGAAAGCUGGCGAGCGAACAGGGAGGCUUCGGCCAGUAGAGGGGCAGCCCGCCUCCGUCUGUCAAGUGUGGGCUUUGAGCAACGCCAAUCAAACCCAAUUAAAACUGUCAAACUGUAAAAUCAAAAGGAUUCGAAUGCUUUCAUCACCCCACCGGUGCCACAUGUG